UACUCCCGAGCCGCCUAUGGCCCGAGCCCAAGGCGAUCGAUCCAGAGCCGCCGCGCACCCCCAACUCCGAAGGAGAAGAAAGGAGAGGGGGAAAAACAGAGAAGCGAGGGGGAAAACCCUAGGAGAUGUUGGGGGAGAUGGUGGCCGGCGGGCUGACGGGGACGGAGCUGGUCAGCACCGGCGGGGCGGAGGCCGGCAACAACCCAAGGACGACCGGCAGAGGGAAGAAGAAGGCGCUGACGAUGGCCCGCGAGAAGAAGCCCUUGUCCUACCGGAAGGAUCGCCCAAACCGCGAGGAGUUCAUGCGGGCUCUAAGGGAGGAGGAGCCCAUAGAGCUGAGGGAGGAGGACGAGAUCCCCCGGUUACCGCGAACUCUGGGACUGUCUCUACGCCGACCACUUCGGCUCCUUCGACGACGAAACGGCUCUAGUGCGAUUGAAGAGGAAGUUGCGAUUGUGAUCUACGGAGUCCCUGGCAGCAACCAAUCCAUGGACACGCAGAGACCACUGGAGACCAUCUUUGCUGAUCUCGGUGACUCGGAUGUAGAAGAUCUGCAAGGUACAAUCAGGAGUGGCGUAGCGCAGGAUGGGUUCGAAUGUAUGGUGCAUGAGCUCUUUUACCGUACCCUGUCAUCAAUAUGGGCCGUCUAUUCUAAAAAUCCGAGGGUUGUGAUGGAUCUAUACUGCUCAAUUUGGAACAGUCCCAUCGUCAACAGUAGCGGUGGAACUGGCAGGUCCACGAGCAGCAGUAUACGUGUUGUGAGGGUAAUUUAGGGAGUGGAAAAAAGUUAGUGCCCUUUUCCCGCACGCGCCUCUCGUCUCGGGUUCCGGCAGCCGCUUUUCGAGCAUCUCCAUUGUGGACCGUCGUUUUCGUGGAUCGACGUUACUACGCCGCCAAGCGCCAGCUAUGCUCGAGGUGCCUGCCACACGCAGCCGCGUCGUCUUCCUCGACGAGCCCCCCUCCCCUUCCUCUUCCGUUGGAAACUGC